AUGACGGACGGCUCGCGCUGCCCCGAUGCUGACGGCAUGACGGCCUCGACCGCUGUCAGGUUCAUUUGCGAUACAUCGGUAUUCGGCGCAGGCAAUCCGGAACUCGUUGCACAAUUGCCUCCUGAUGAUGGCUCCGCGUGUGCAUUCUUUGUCGAGUGGAGAACUCAUGUAGCUUGUCCGACACAUCAGAAGACAGGGAAUAUUGGAUUUAUCACAGUUCUUGCGGCUAUAAUGGGAACGGUGUUUAUGUUAUACAUCCUGGUGGGAACUUGGUACAACCGUUAUGUGCUUGAACUUCGAGGUUUCGAUCAGAUUCCCCGAAUAUCCUUCAUCCCUCUCGGAAGCAUUGUCUCGUCCGUCCAUAGCUGGAUCGAUCGUCUCCGAUAUGGCUCUUCUGAUGGGAGGGGUGUUGGGUACAGAGGAUUGGCUGAGGAAGAAGGCAUGCUGAGUGGCCCCCCAGGAUUUCUGGACGAACAGGACGAGGAAGAUCCGCAUGAGGGGGACGCGCAGCGAAGUGAGGAUACUAGCCCAGUGGGAAUUGACUCGGAUGGAGUAAUCAGAUUGUAA